AACGCUCACCCACAAGCCACAAGAAAAUCACUUUAAAGCAAUUUAACAAACAUAUCAGUUGUUAUUUUGCUCAUGAAUAUUCGUAUUUCAGUAGUUGAAGUUUUUUUUUCACUAUAAUCCUAUUAAUCAUCCUCUGACAUUGUAAAGUAUGAAACUUUUAGGUAUUUUAAUAUCAUUUGCAUUAGUUGGGCAUGUUUUGGUCACUGAAUUAGAUGACUAUGCUCAGGAGGUUAUCACAACAAACAAUGCAAUCAAGAAAGCAAAGGAAUUCAUGCCGCAAAUAAUUAAAUACAUUAUUAUGAACUAUGAUACAUAUUGGGCAGAGGCAAUGGCCUAUAUGGUGUCAGUGCCGGAGGUACUUGAUGUUGAAUUGGAAGAAAAUGAUGACUCAGAUUCUGCCGGACCUAGUCAAACUCAAAUUCUAGAUCUAAAUCGUGAUCCGCCCCCUGAUGAAGAUAUUAAUAACCCAAAUUCUGUUGGUAAAAAAAUAAUACAUCUUAAAGAAAAGUUAAAGUACCAGAAAAUGAUGCAAUUAGCAAUACUUGCUGUAACAGAUAAGCGAAGGUACAUGGAAAUUAUGAAGUCAGAAAGUGCUAAGCCAGACGCAAUUCCAGGUUAUACUAAAGAUCUACCUCGUCCGUCUGAUUUCGAAAUAAGGAAUCAUAAAGAAGAAAAUUUAGGUAGUCUCAUAGAAGAGAGAAGAAUUAAUCCCACAGCAGUUCCUAGAUAUAGAAUCAUCCGUGCAUUUAGCCUGACUUCUUUGGGAAAAGAGAGAAGAAAAAUUACUUUAGAAGCUAUAACAUCAUUAAUACGGCAAAACGAUCCAGUUUUCCGGGAUUUGUACAUGAUGUGUCGUUUAGCAGGUUUAUUUAGAACUAUUAAAUAUCCGCAUGCAUAUAUAGCCUCCGUUGGUAUUGACGAAGAGUAUUGCUAUUUAUUGGAUGUAUUCAAAAAGGAAGGUUUCAUAUAUAAAUUCAAUGAAGAGGAUGGUGCAUUUUGGGAAUUAACUCCACGUAUUCGCGUGCGUACUCUAGUCAGGCCUUUUUUAACUGAGCUCAAUAAUUUGGAUUAGGAAUUAUAAUGAUUAACUAUUUUAAAGAAUUGAAUAUGCUUUGUUUAGUUGAUUUUUUUCAUUCCGCACUAAUAGAAUUUGUCAAUAAAUUGACAAUGUAAUAAUUAUAUGUAUGUAAUAAUAAACAUUGUUGUAUGUAUGUGAUAAUAAACA